CAUGAAGUCAUUAUGAUACUUUUUGAUAGUGACAAUGUUGGAAAGACUAGCUGCUAAAAGUAAAAGCUGAUCUGAACAUGCUUAUGCAUACUUUCGUUGGAAACAAGUGAUAACUGUGCAUGUGGCCAAGCCGCUUCCAGCAAAAGCCUGCGAAACAAGCCUCUCUCCAGGGAAGACAGAACCACCUUUGGAUAAAAAUAGUAUAGAUAGAAGAUUAAACGAUGUGAGCAAUAUUUGUAUUGGCUUGUAAUGGAAGCAGAAUUAUGCUUCUUGCCCUGUAUGCCCUUAAGCGUUGCAAGUAUGCUGCAAGCGGAGGUCCUGGGCUCUCUUGGGCCUCAUCGGCUAGAGCCAGCGUAAGACUGUUCCAUGAGCAUGACACCUUUGCUACCCCUCCCGCAGAACCGCAGCUCUCUCCUAGCCCUUUCGCAGAACCAGCAGAACCAGCAGAACCGCAGCUCAAGAAGAUCGGUGUCGGUGUAUUGGACUCUGGGCAGUACGGGAAGAGCCCCACGUACAAGUCAUUCUGGAAUGCACCUCAGAGCACUGAGGUGGUCCCCCUGGGAAGAUCACGGUGGCAGAUCCAGUUGAGUUACAAUAUUGGUAUACACCAACGCUUGUCCGACAUCAAGUGCGUAGUGAAAAGCAAGCCGGGGCUGAUUGUUUGCUUUGCCAAUGCACCACACAUUUACAAAGGAGGAGAGCGUUCUGUUGAUACAGAUCUGAAUGGCAUUCUCCCUACUGUCCACUCCGAUCUUCUACCAAUGUUCCAUCACUACCUGUUGCAAGUCCCCAAUGAGGAGAGGUUGCUAGAUGAUCUCAAACACCACAAGAUCCGCAUCCUUGACCUUCAUACUGGGCUCCGUGAUGAGUGUCACUCCAUUCGUACGGCACUUGAUACAUAUGAUACAUUCAUGGAUGGCUUGAGGAGCUUUUGCUUCCAGGCGGCCUACCAAGUUGAUCAUCUCAUCGCCCAGGGUGCUUUACAUCCAGUGACCAUUCCAGAAACGUUCUCUGGCAUCUGGAGCCGGUACCCGGGUGUGUUUGCGAAUGUUGAUCAGCAUGCAUUGUGUGCUGGCCUGGAAAUGCUGCCAGGCAAACUAGCAAAGGAGUUUGAAAGCAGCAGGCCCGAGGAGGGUCAGUUCCCUCCCCUGUACGCCACCUCGGACAUGUUGCAGAGUUGUAUUGAUGCGGCUAGUGCUGACGCUCAUGGCAUGCAGUCAAGAACAUUGCGCCAGCGGCUGCACUAUUUCAAGUCGGACUACAGUGCUGUCUACCACUGGCUGGAUCAAGAUGAUUUCGCGCCGCCACCACCGAUGCGUACUGAUCUCACCUCGCCUGCGACACCGGCCAACGACAUCGGUGAAGAGGAUGAUGUCAAGCGCUUCAUGCUGAUGCGCCGUGCCUAUGUCACCCCGACUGGAAUAAAAGUCGGCAAGGAGCAGUUUGAGCUGUCCAACCGGGUUGUUCGCAAGUACUGGGCACAUAGGGACCGCUUCUUGCGCGUGCGAUUCUGCGACGAAUCUCUGCAGUGGUAUCCCACCUCUGCGCAGGCUUUGGAUCGUGCUGAGCGGAUUUUAAAGGAAGGUCUGAAGGCGUGCGGGCGUCAAUAUGAGCUGGUCGCGUUUUCCGCUAGCCAGCUCCGCCAGCAGUCAGCAUGGUUUUUUGCUGCCACGCCGGAUGGAGAAUGUACGGCUGAGAUCAUACGGCAAGGUCUUGGGGAUUUUUCUAAGAUUCGCAAUCCUGCCAAGUACUUUGCACGGCUCGGCCAGUCGUUCAGUGCCACGUAUCCUGUUCGCACGAUUGAGAACAUCCAGGACUAUGUCCAAGAUGUUGAUGAUGUCGACAAUGGCACUAAGUACAUAUUCUCUGACGGCGUUGGAAGAAUAUCGGCAGAGCUGGCGCGAAAUGCGAACGAGGCUUUAUUCGGCAAGAAGGAUUCAGAUGAGCCAAAAGAGAAUAGGUGCGUUGCAUCAGCUUUCCAGAUGCGCUAUGAUGGCUACAAAGGCGUGGUGAGUGUCUAUCCGAAUAUGAAGAGUGACAGAGGGAUGGAACUGCGUGGAAGCAUGAAGAAGUUCGACAGUAGUGGCCAUGGUGACUUGGAGGUUAUUCGUGCAGCUGAGAGAAUGCCGGGCUACUUGAAUCGGCAGUUCAUCACACUGCUGUCGGCACUUGGAAUCGAGGAUGACGUAUUCACUAAGUUACAGGAGGAGAUGAUUGAUUCGUUGAAGAAAGUGACUCAGGAUCGUGAGAUUGCCCUUCAAACACUGUACAUGCAUGGCUGCCAUUUGCCGAACAACCCGCUCAAUAGCGUAGUGGACACGUUGAAGAGUGGUGUGGCACCAUCGGCAGAGCCAUUCCUGCGCAAAGGUCUCUUGGCCCUGGCCCGCUUCUCCCUGCAAAACCUGCGCGAUCGCACCUCUAUCCCGGUUCAGAAAGCUGCUAUUCUGAUGGGAAUCAUGGAUGAAGAAAGGGUUCUCCAGUCUGGCGAAAUCUUUAUUGCUGUGCGAAACCCAAGCAACGGACAUGCGGAGUUUAUUGAAGGUGAUGUCAUUGUUGGCAAGAAUCCAUGCCACCACCCAGGUGAUAUUCGUAAGCUACGUGCAGUCAACCGUCCGGAACUCCAUCACCUUGUCGAUUGUCUUGUCUUUCCACAGGUGGGCACGCGUCCGCACACCGAUGAGUGCUCUGGGUCGGACUUGGAUGGAGACCUGUACUUUGUUUCCUGGGAUCCAAGACUCAUUCCGGCAGAGAACUAUGAGCCGCUCGACUACACAGCCGGUGUACCUGAGGAGAACAAUGAGGAUAUAUCGGAUCCGAACACCAUGACGAAGUUCUUUAUCAAGUACUUGUCCGGCAGCUCACUGGGCCGUAUCUCCAACGCUCAUUUGGCACAAGCAGACAAGCUAGGUGCCAAGGAUAAAACAUGCAUAGAGCUGGCCAAGCACUUCUCGUGCGCCGUGGACUUUCCUAAGACCGGAAAGCCGCCCCGUGUUCCUAAUUCUUGCUUCCCGGUCAAGUAUCCUGACUUUAUGCGACCACAAUCCGAACAUUACAAAUCAGAGAAAGUGAUUGGUCGUUUAUACCGCUCAGCUAAGGGUAACAUAGAAGAGGCAACUAUCCUGACACCAGAAGCAUUGCGAAUGGAAGGACACUGGCAGCCUGACCAAGACUUUCAGCAUGACGGUUAUGCCAGUUUCCUCUCCGAGGCAGACGACGUACUCAGCAGCUAUAGCAAGCAGGUCGGUCAGCUUAUUGAGCACUUCAAAGUGGGGAGUGAAGCGGAGCUGUUUGUCGGCCUCAUCGAUCCCAUUGAGCGGAGUGAGAAGUCAUCACGCAACCUUCUCGAGCUUGGCCAUACCUACUGGCAUGACUUGCGCUACUUUGCUCAGAUGGAAGCAAACCUGUUGAUCCGGCGCUUCUACAAGCACUCGUUCUUGGAAGGAAGAAUCAGUCCGCAUGGCGAUGCAUGGCUUGCUAAAGAGGAGCACUUUCUGGGAAAAGCGUCCGCUUGGUAUAAGGCGGCGGUGUUUGAGAUCAAUGAGUCGAAUAGUUCAGCCAACAGCCAGCGCCAUUGCUUGUCCUUCCCGUGGAUAGCGCACAGGCAACUCUGUCAUCUCAAGCAGCGGCAGCAGCGCUAUCGCCAGGCUCGCGUGCUUGUUGGGUGAUGCGCUCGUACUAAACUGCGCCAACUAUGACAUGCUUGCAAAGUACAUGCGUUACAGUGUACUCAGUAUUCAAGAUGCAAAGUACAUGCGUUACAGUACAAGAUGGAAGUGUUCCAGCCACUGGAGGCUUAGCUGCCAGUCCCAUGUGCCUCACUGAAUCACCAGUCACUGCAGGCUUAGCUGACAGUCCCGUGUACCUCACUGAAUCACCAGCCUCUGCAGGCUUAGCUGUCUAUGUGCCUCACUGAAUCACCGGCCUCUGCAGGCUUGGCUGCCAGUCCCAUGUGCCUCACUGAAUCACCAGCCUCUGCAGGUUUGGCUGCCAGUCCCAUGUGCCUCACUGAAUCACCAGCCUCCGCAGGCUUGGCUGCCAGUCCCAUGUGCCUCACUGAAUCACCAGCCACUGCAGGCUUAGCUGACAGUCCUGUGUACCUCACUGGAUCUUCUGUAGAACACAACGAUUGAAAAUUUACCUCUCACAACAUUGACAACCGUUUGUUGGCUUCAUGCCGGCUGGUCCACGGUUCCGGCUUUUUUUAAUCUGCUCAUGAAAUGUUCAUCUUGGCUCAUACGUAUUUCACUCCUUUUCUGCUGGUUCAGAAGAAUGGAUGUGCUCUCUCUCUCUCUCUCUCUCUCUCUCUCUCUCUCUCUCUCUCUCUCUCUCUCUCUCUCUCUCUCUCUCUCUCUCUCUCUCUCUCUCUCUCUCUCUCUCUCUCUCUCUCUCUCUCUAUCUCUCUAUCUCUCUCUCUUUCCUUGAAUUUGUCAGCAUAGUUGUCACUUGCAGAGACUUUCGCUCAUCUGCUGGCUUUCCGCCCGGCGAUGGGCUCACCACACCUGCUAGAGACUCUGCCAGUCACGCUGGAGUGCGCUGUCUGCUGCGCUCAGUUCCAUUCUUGCUCGUGCUAGUGCGAGCCUGCUCCCCUACCCCUUGAUCUAUAUUGCAUUUGUAUAUUUUGUUGUGUAGGCGUACUGGACAGUACUAGUUGAGGACAUCAGUGUCACUUUUUAGUUUGGAAUCUAGGAGCUGCUAUCCCAGUACUUGAAGUAGUACUAUUUCUUUGUCAUGUCUGCCAGAGUUGCAGAAAGCAGUAACUUAGA